AUGGGUUUUUCGGAAAAGGUCAAGAGAGACGCUGAUCCGGCCAAGAGUGUCUACUACCUUCCUCAUCAUGCAGUAGUAAGAGAGGAUAAAAGUACAACCAAGACAAGAAUCGUAUUCGAUGCAUCGGCACGUGAUAAGCAUGGCGUGUCAUUGAACGAUUGCCUACACCAAGGUCCCGCCUUACAGCCAAGCCUUGUCGCCGUAUUGCUGGGAUUUCGUAUGAACAACAUCGCAUUGAUGGCAGACGUGAAGAAGAUGUUUCUUCAAAUCAAGAUUAGAGAGGAGGAUCGUGACGUGCAUCGAUACCUAUGGAGAGAUGGGAACUCAGACUGGCCUCCAGAGAUCUACAGAAUGAACCGAGUCACAUUUGGGGUAAACGCGAGUCCAUUUCUUGCCAUAGCGACCGUGAAGCAUCACACUCGAAGGCUUGAGAAGGUUUACCCGCAAGCGGCAAGAGAGAUCCAAGACAAUAUGUAUGUUGACGACUGCCUGUCGGGAGCAGCUGGAGUCCCACAAGCUUUAGACCUGAAGACAGAUCUAAAGGAUUUGAUGAGAGAUGGUGGUUUUGAUUUGACCAAGUGGGCUAGUAACUCCAAAGAAGUUAUGGAACAAAUAGAACCUCAGGAUAGAGCUCCAUCCGCUGUGAUUGACAUGAGCACGGAGUUAUGGCAGAAGGGUUUAGGCUGGGAUGAUACAUUGGAUGAGACAACAGCACAGAAAUGGCGCAUAGGGAAAGGAGAGCUGAAGGAGUUGGAUCAAUUGGAGAUUCCCCAAUGUUUACCCCUGGGACUAGGAGAAAUCUCAAGCAUUGAACUUCAUGGAUUUGGAGACGCAUCAGAGAAGGCGUACGGAGCAGCGGUAUACAUCAGAGUGGUAGACCAGAAUGGGUACACCGCAACAAGAUUGGUGAUGUCAAAGUCAAAAGUAGCGCCAGUGAAGAAAGUGUCACUACCUAGACUUGAACUUCUAGCAGCUGUAGUAAAUACAAGAUUAGUUAAGUUCGUCAAGGAGUCACUAUCAAGAAACAUAGACAGAGUUACAAUGUGGACAGACAGUACAGUAACACUUGCUUGGAUACGCAAGCCUAGUCAUGUCUGGAAGACAUUUGUAGCUAAUAGAGUGGAGGAAAUCCAAACGACUUGGGAACCUGAGUUAUGGAGACACUGUCCAGGAGAAGAUAAUCCUAGCGAUUUGCUGACUCGUGGAUUGCCAGCAGAAGACUUAGUCAAUCGUGAGGAAUGGUGGAGUGGACCUCAUUGGUUACCAUUGUCGACAGAUAUGUGGCCCAAGGGAAAGUUGUCAGAUGAGUCGAGUGAAGAUCUAGAGGAGAAGAAGACAACAACGCGGUCCAAUGUGGCCAUCGUUGAGGAGCCACCCAAGGAUGCGCCAAUAGAUGCUAGCAGAUAUGGUUCAUGGAACAAGCUUACCCGAGUGACAGCGAGAGUCUUUUGGGUCAUACAAAAGUGGAGGGGAGAAUCCAGGAUGAUGAAAAUAAAGCUGGAAAGAUACCAACACUCAACGUUGAAGAUAUCAGAAAGGCAGAGUUCUACUGGUAUCGCCACAUUCAGAGGAGCACAUAUAAAGACGAAAUCCAGACAUUGGAGAACAGAGGUGUUCUUAGGAAGAGUCGCAUCCUUAAAUUAG